AUGAGUCCGAUCAGUCUGGCGGCCUGGGAUGUUCGUUCCCUUUUAGACAAUCCGAGGACCAACCGACCGGAACGGAGGACGUCUCUAGUGGCACGAGAACUGGCGCGCUACAAGGCGGACAUCGCCGCACUCAGCGAGACCCGAUUCUCCGAGCAAGGCCAACUGGAGGAGGUGGGUGCCGACUACACCUUCUUCUGGAGUGGUCGACCCAAGGCAGAGCGACGAGACGCGGGUGUCGACUUCGCCAUCCGGAACAACAUCGUGGGACGACUACCCUGUUUACCGCAGGGCAUCAACGAUCGCCUGAUGAGGCUCCGUCUGCCUCUCCGGGGUGGGGGCAAAUUCGCCACCAUCAUCAGCGCCUACGCUCCGCCGAUGACCAGCCCCGACGCCGUCAGAGACAAAUUCUACGAGGACCUGCACGCCCUCUUGGCGACUAUGUCGAAGGCGGACAAGUUGAUUGUCCUUGAUGACUUCAACGCCCGCGUCGGCACAGACUAUACUGCCUGAAGAGGAGUUCUGGGUCCCCACGGUCUCCGCAGCUCAAACGGCAACGGACUGCUGCUUCUCCGCACCUGCGCAGAACACCGCCUCAUCCUGACGAACACGUUCUUCUGUCAGCCGGAGCGAGAGAAGGCCACCUGGAGGCAUCCUCGGUUGCGUCAGUGGCACCUGCCGGACUAUGUCCUCGUCCGGAGGCGAGAUCAGCGGGACGUGCUGGUGACAAAGGCAAUCGCGGGUAAGGAAGGGUGGACCGACCAUCGCCUCGUCAUCUCGAAGAUGCGUGUUCGCCUGCAGCCUCGCAGGAGACCACAAGGUAAGCGACCCCCAGGUAAGCUGAAUAUUGCCUUGUUGUCUUUGCCCGCUCACCAUCUCCAUUUCAGCAAUGAGCUAACUCAACUGCUAGACAACCUUCCAAUCGCUGCCGACGCCGCCGCCGCCGCCGGCGCUGCCGAGAAUGCCUUCGUGGAGAACCGCUGGUGUCAUCUGCGAGACACGGUCCAGUCGACGGCACUAGCCGUCCUGGGUCGCGCACGCCGCCAACACCAGGACUGGUUCGACGACAACGACGCCGCCAUCAGAAAUCUGAUUGCUGAGAAGAACCGCCUACACAAGGCCUAG